UUUUGGACUAGGUGCCAUCUGGAGCAGGGGCAAGACCCCUAGUAAAAGUCGUACUGUUGAUAGACUGACGACCAAAAUUUUAAAAGUGACUCUUCCCAUUACCUCCUCUCCGCUCUGCGAGGCAGAUGGGAGCCAUGGCUUACCCCUUACUCUUCUGCUUCCUGCUCGUUCAUCUGCGAUUGGGAGUUGUUGGCGCUAGCCGCGACCCUCCGGGUCGGCUGGAUUCCCCUCGAGAGAGCACCCUGAGGGCGAAGCAGCACUCCCAACAGUGGGCUCGAGCCUCUGCCUCGGACGCCUCAGCUCCCUGGAGCCGCUCCACCGACGGCACCAUCUUGGCACAGAAACACGCCGAGGAGGUGCCCAUGAACGUGGCCUCAUACCUCUACACCGGAAACUCCCACCAGCUGAAGCGAGCCAACUGCUCCAGUCGCCACAAGUUGGCGGGCCUGCCGGGAAAGUCGCCUGCCCUAGCCAGCUCCCAUCCCUCCUAGCACGGGGCGCUGGACACGCUGACACACGCCACCAACUUCCUCAAUAUGAUGCUGCACAGCAAUAAGUCGCGGGAACAGAACUUGCAGGAUGAUCUGGAGUGGUACCGGGCACUAGUGCGGAGCCUCCUGGAGGGUGAGCCCAGCAUCUCCCGGGCGGCCAUCACCUUCAGCACGGAGUCGCUGUCCGCACCGGCCCCACGGGUCUUCCUCCAGGCCACACGUGAGGAGAGUCGCAUACUUCUCCAGGACCUGUCCUCCUCGGCACACCACGCUGGAGACCGAGUGGUUCCACGGCCUCCGGCGCAAGUGGAGGGCCCAUUACACCGCCGCGGCUCCAAUCAGGGGCCCCGGGGCCUGGGCCAUAGCUGGCGGCGCAGGGACGGGCUUAGCGGGGACAAGAGCCAUGUCAACUGGUCCCCGCCUUAUCUGGAGUGCGAGAACGGGAGUUACAAGCCCGGGUGGCUGGUCACUCUCUCCGCUGCUUUCUACAGGUCGCAGCCUAACCUGGUCCCGGAAUUCAGGACUCCGCUACACUUGGCCUGCAUCAGCGGCUGUCCAGGAGUGGUGGCUCUCCUUAUCCAGUUCAACUGUGAUCUGAAUGCUCGUGACAAGGAAAGGACGACAGCUCUCAUCAGGGCUGUACAAUCCCUGAACAGGGGAUGUGCCGGUAUCCUGCUGGAACACGGUGCUAACCCAAAUCUUGAGGACGGCGGUCAAAACACUGCUCUCCAUUAUGCCAUCUUGGAAGAGAGUGUGUCAAUUGCAACACAGCUGCUCCGCCAUCAUGCAAAUAUCGAGGCGAUAAACAAGAGUAAUUUGACACCAUUUUUACUCGCUGUCAAGGAGAACAAAAAGGAAAUGGUCAGAUUUUUGAUAGAGAACGGGGCAAAUGUACAUGCAGUCGACAACGUGCAAAGAUCAGCACUCAUCCUUGCUGUAUUUCAUGACUCCCCGGACAUAGUCAAGUUACUUCUUCAGGAAGGUGUUAGUCCCUAUUCUCAAGAUUCACGCGGAUGGUCUGCUGAACAAUAUGCUUAUUCUAAUGGGUUUGAACAGUAAGUGUUUACAUUAAAAUGCCAAGUAUCUCUUAACUGAGGUUGGAAAUGACCUAACUGUUACUUGUUAUGUGACAGGUGAGAGUUCGUAGUUGGGAGCAGGCACUUUGGGGAUGGCAGUGAGACACUCCAAAUCAUCAGCUGGAAACCAGCAAAAGGCCAGACUAAUGAGAUGGAGCAGUGGGCACAGGGUUCUUUAUCUCAGGCUUUGUAAGACCUUUAUCCUUAGGGAUCCUAUUGUUCUCCAUUUCAUUCCAGUGUAACCCCUGUGCAUGGAGGUACAAAUAAUGUCACAUAUCUGAUUUUUCUAACUAAUUCUUUAGGUCUUGAAAUGUUUAGUUGAGCAGAAAAUCCUGUAUGUUCCUUUGGGGACUUUCUUCUAUAAUCUUCCUUUUGAAUUUUCCAAGAGCCUGAGGGAUUCCCUAAGAUCACAGUGACAGUCCUCUCCCACAAGACAUUGGGGCAGGGCGAGGGCAUUCUAAUCAUUCUCUUGUUUCCCUUGAUUCUGUUGCUGCAGUGUUGGUACUAAAACUGGUUUUAACAGGAUCUCCUUGGCAGCUGAGUCUGGGGUCUGGACGUUGCUCUCUAAAGACCUUUACUAAAAUUUUAAAAGAAGAAAAGGAAAAAGAAACUGGUCCUGCAGUCUGGUCAUGAUUGACCUCUGCUCCCGGGAUGCCUG